AUAUGGGGAGUUUCAUCAUUCUUGUUAGUGCUUUCUCUCUCCUUCCUAUAGUUAUCUGGAUGAUCAUACUAAUUUGUCAUUAUAUUUGGACUUCAAAUUUAUGUUGGGGGGUAGAGUUCAAAUUUAAACAUAUCCAUCACCCCACAAUAACAUCCAUUUCACUAAUUCACUAUGACAAUUAUAUUUUAGAUUUAGAAUGAGCCAAUCCUUCAAUUUCAAGAAAAUUAUCUCCAUUUUUCAGCCUAGAAUGAUGAACUUGGUCAACAUCGCAUAUAGCAUUGUCAUGUUCACUAUCAUAUCUUUGUUGAGUUUAAAAAGAAUUUAUAUUCUUGAUUCAUUCAUUGCAUAAUUUCAAUUCAAUUUUUUUUUAUAAUAAUAUUUUGCAUGUUAAUAGAAAAAGCCUAAAUAAUUUUAGGUUGGUUAGAAAAAUUUACUAAUGGCCAAUUUUACAGAGUGGCAUAUGGUAAAGUACAAAACACCACACAUGAGCAAAUGUAUACUUACUUACUGACACUCUACUAGACUUCCCAUUUCUACCCCACAUACACCCUGAAUACCGCCUUAAUUACACAUGUUGCCACCCAAUCUCAAGUCUCGCAACAAACCACACUACCACCAUCAUUUUCAGAUUACAUUGCAAUCUGAAAAAUACACAGUAAGACGCACAGAGGCGACACAAACACAGCAGCCAAGCCAGUCUCUGCUGCGUAAGAGAAAAUCAAUCCAGCAAUUAUCUCUCUAUUCUUUCUCUCUUCCUCUUUUUGCCUCUGUACCCUUUUGCUUAUUUCCUCUGCUGCUCUCUUUCUUUCUUUCUUCUUCUCUUCUCCCAAACUCUCUGGUCUUUGCUUGUGCCGUCAAUGCAAAAUCAUCAACGCAUAAUUGAAUCUCAGUGUUUUUUUAUCUGGGUACCGACUGUUUCUUUUUAGAUCAUUGAUUUUUGGGGAGAAUCCACCUGGUUCUUGGUCGUUUUUCACUUCUCUCGCAGAUUCAAAGAAUGGGCGUCCAUCUCUGUAUGCAAAUAAGCUUCCUUCAAUAUCAGGUUUGGGUUUCCCCCCUCUCUGAAACUUGUUUGGAAGGGAGAUGAAGAAAGUUUGUUGCUUUGUGGCAUAUUUUGCAUUUCCUUAUCUUCAGUCUCGAAGCUCACUUGGUUUUCAUUUCUGUUCCUUCCAAGUUCUGUGUGUUGAUGAACUGAAGUUUUCUUUUAAUGAUUUCUCUGGAUCUUAUUUUCUAUUUGGGGGGUUCUAUAAACCCCUAGGAUUUUAUGGUUCCCAGAUGUUGAAUUGGGUACUUGUGCAGUUGUGCUAUGCAUUUGUUAUGUCUUUCUCUCUGAUUCAAUCUCUUUUUCCUGCAAAUUGGAAACCCCAUGCUUAUGUCAGUUCUCUUUGGUGGGUCUCUGCCAUUACCUUCUUAUGUCACUCUUGCAUGCUUAUAGAAUCUUCUGAUUUGGUCUACACAGAAGCAUGUUUUCUUUUGCUGCUGAAAAAAAUAUAAGGAAAAGUUCACUAGUUGGAACUUGAAGAGAAGCAGGCAGUCUUGUUCUGUAUGCUAUGAUAUAAUCCAUAAGCCAAAGCUUGUCUUUAUCUUCGAGUCUUGGCAAGACUGAGACUUGGCUUAUGUUAAUAUUGCUUCGAGUUACAUAGAUCAUGCAUUGAUGUUUUAUCAGUUCCAUCUGAACUUUGAAGUUGGCCUCUUUGGAUAAUGUGACCUGAUAGAGUUAAGUUUAAAUCUUAUCUAGCUUGACUUGGCAUGGAAUGUAGGUGUAAGAGGAUCGAUAUUUGUGGCUACAUUGGAAUCGAAUUAGUAAUGACCAUCUUAUCUCUGGCUUUUCAGGGGAGUUCUUCGUUUGUAUGAGCUUUCUAAUUGUUGAAAGAUAGUAAGGAACUUAUGGGUAGAGGUAGGGGAAAAGGAAAGAGGUUGACUGUGAGCAAUCACGACGAUGCUGGUAGUGGCGAAGAAGAGAAGAUUCCUGCACAAAAGAGAAGAGGGAGACCACAAAAGCCAUUGAAAGAUGAGUUCGAUGAAGAAGAAAUGGAGAAAAUGAUGGCGGAGGAAGAUGGGGUGGAGAAUGGGAAGGUGAUGAAUAACUCUCCUAGCAAAGAGGCGAAAAGUCCAACUGCAUCAGAGAAUGGUAAGAAGAGGAGACGCAACUCUCAGCUGCAGCAACAGACUAAGGAAAAACAGCCUGAUUCAGUAAUGAAGGAAGAGAAUGUGGUAGUAGCAAUUACCAAUGACCCAAUCAAGUCUAACGGGUUUAGGCAAAACGGGAGCAGGCGGAAGAACAAGCCUCGACGAGCUGCUGAGGCAGGCGUCGAAUGCAAGUGACAGGGCCCCAGUGAAUGAUAGUCUUGUGUCAAUAUAGGUCUCGAUUUUAACUCUGGCGGAUGAAGAUACAAAGUGAGGCCUUCGGAAACGGAAUCUCUUUUAGUUUUGCCAUGCUGUUUUUGAUCUAAUUGUUUUUUCUUCCUUUUGGGGUCGAUCAUUCGAGCAGCAGGUAACUUCAUUACUGUUAGUUUAUCUCCUUGUGAGAGUUUCUGAAUGCUGAUUUUCUGCCUGUAAUUGAUUGUGAUGGUGUUUAUGGCUUCAUGCAAUCCAAUCCAGUGGCUUUCAUGUACCAUAUGAUGUUCAUUUCUUGCUGCACUUUUUCGUUCUUUCGAUUGUAUGAAAUGGCAUCUGCAGGAGGUAGCAUUUUGUAGUUUAGAUCUGUCAAGAAUCUCCUUGCCAACUGCCCUUAUGUUUGACCAUGCUUAGUUUAGAGGCUUAACUAUUCAACCUUGCAUCCUUAUUCUGGUAUAAUUGCUACUUAAAUUACUAGUUCAAAUGGCAUUUUCAUUGGAAUGGAAGCAGAAAAGGGAUGGUGGGUUGGUUGAGAUUAUGUUAGUUAAAGAUUGGUGUACCUAGAUAUUUCCAUUGUUAUUUGACAGGGGUUUUAAAUCAACAGAGGAAUCUAUCUCUUGUUUCUCUGUCCAAACUGAAGUUUGGUAAGACCAAGGAUUUUAGGAGUCUUGUUGGCCUUUUGGGUUUCUUGUUUCGGACUCAAAGGUCUCUAACUUAACUGUUGUUGAAGCAAAAUAGAGGGGUUGUUUCCUUUUGUUGUAAUGAUGUUGCUAAAUAUGAGUUGUUAAAGGACUCAUGCACUGUUUUAUAAGACCAUUAUAAGACCAUAAAGAUAGAAUUAGAAUUCAAGACUUUGAAAAUUAAGGUAAUAACAAAUUCAUAAAAGUGGAGUGGUUAAAAUUUAAAGAGUAAGGUUAUGAUUAAGAUCUAAAAGGAUGUAAAAAUUGUUUUUUUAAGGGUGGUGCGAGGGCAAGAGAAAAGCUAAGGCGCAUUUCUUCCUCUUUACUACUUAUCAUAUUUCUUUCCACGCAUCUUCAAAUUAAUCUCAUGUCUCGUAAAUCAAGUAGUUUCUCGUAUUAAUUAGGUGUGAGCAAGUUAGUUGCGACUUCUUUUCUUCUUCUCUCAUGAAACUGUUUCGAUUUACAUGAAUUUGAACAAGAUCAUUCAUAAAUCUAAUUCAACAUUUCACGAAUAAUUUAGUCUAUCUAGUUGAAAGAUCAAGUCUUGAUAAUUGAAAAAAUGUCAAAACAGGAGAAAUAUAAACAUAUAUUAUAAGAAAUUGAGAUAUAAUGAACCAACACCCCCACUCUGAAAUCCAUCCAAGUCGACGAAUGUGAAAUUGUUGACUGAAAGCAGGGGGCAUCUUAUUGGGCCCGGGGCUCCGACUAGGCCGUCCAUGUGGGCCUGCUGGAAUAUCUGCUGCUGCUGCUGCCAUUUUCUUUAAUUAUUCAAACCUUGUUCCUCAAGGUUACUUCCUUCCUUCUGCCCUUUACAUCCAAAAAGUAAAAGAAACAAUGGAGAAAGAAUAGCUCGAGAUCCGCCCUUUGCCUUUUUUCUGUUGUUUUCCUCUUUCAGCCAUUCUUGUGAUCUCAGGUACUAAAAUCAUUAAAGGCAUCAUAUACCUCAAGCUAUUACUUCCAUUUAGACAGCAUGCCAACCAAUGGACAAGGGUACAAACUCACUCAAUCAUGGUUUCACAACAAUAUCUAUUGUUUGAUGUCUACGAAUUUAAUGAUGUUUCAUAGGGUGUCUCUUUCGUACUCGUAUCUCAAAUUCCGAAUUCACUAGAUAUGUUGAUUAUAUGGUUUGUGGAGACAUCCAAAAAAUUAUCGUUUUUUAAGGAUUGCUAACUCAAUUAGCUACAUGCGUCUUGAAUAACUCCUCGCAUGAAAUUUCUGAGAGGUGCUUAUAAAACAAAAAAAUCUAC